UUGUGUAUACUACGUUGUUUUCCCCCAAAACAGCUCCUUCCUUCCUUCCCCACUUGAAAGCAACUAAAAAACACCAUUGAUGAUUCAUUCUUUGUACAAAAUAUCGAGAAAAAAAGUUCAUUUUUUUACCUUUUAUAUUUCACUUUUUGGGUCGUUUUCAAAAUUUCAAGAAAAUGCAAGUAAUACCCAAAUGGCGUAAUGUUUUGAUCUUGAAGAACUCACUUAUUCAAUCCACAAGAAUAGUAUCUUCUACACAAUCACCAAAUACCCAUUUGAGUUCUUUCCAUUCUACCUCAAUUUGCUCUGAGAAAUGGAAAAAUAAGUGGAAUUCUGAUUUUGGAGGAAGUCAGCAGCCAACUAAGAAUUAUAUCAGAUAUGAAACCCGUCAAAAGCGUGCUGACUCAAAAAAAGCUUUGAAAAAUCUUCUCUUUUAUGGGGCAUCUGGAAACUCUUUUGAGAAUGAAUCUUCAACAAUAAAUGAUAGAUGGGAUAUGGAUCGGGAUGAUCGUUCAGAGAAGAAAAGUGAAUAUAAGUCCGGUGCUCGUCUUAGAGAUCGCUCAAGGAGAAGGAUGCGAAAAAUGAAGAAACGGAGAUUAUGUGAAGAAUUCGAUGACUAUCCUGAAUCAGUAUUCGAAGCAACUGUUGGUAAUAAGUGGUACACUUGGUCUUUUAGGCCUGGUAAAUCAUCUAGUUUUGAAGAUCUGUUCUCCCGAAGACAAGAAACAGACUGGUCAGAACAAAGGCAUUACAGAUGGGAUAAUGAAACUGAAAACGAGACACAUACAGAAUCCAAAUAUGAAUUGUGUAAUAUAGGGUCUUACUCUGAAAGAACAAUUCUCGGUUUACCCCCAAGAGGUCCUCUGAAGAUUGAGGAUGUCAAGAAUGCUUUCCGUUUAUCAGCAUUAAAGUGGCAUCCUGAUAAACAUCAAGGCCCUUCACAGGCAGCAGCAGAAGAGAAAUUCAAAACUUGUGUUACUGCAUACAAGUCAUUGUGCAACGCGUUCUCCCCAGCUUAACCUUAUCUGACGUAUCUAUGGCUUCUUUUCUUUGAGUUUCAGAAGCCAAAAUCACCAUUCAUAGUAUAAUAAUAGCUAGCUAAGUCUUAUGUAUUCUAAUUUAGUUCUGUAUGAUUACUUCCAUCACUCUUGCAAUAAGGGGGGGACUCUUUCAUUCCCAGCAGAGUCAUGAAAAUGUACUUAAUAAAAUUUUGAAAUCUUGUAUACAACCAAAGAUCCAUGCAAACAUAAACCAGUUACUUGGUUUCUGAAAAUAGGAUGUGAUCAUACCAAUACUAUCGCAUUGGAUUCCCUCAGAACUUUGAAGUUAAACGUGCUUCGAUGAGAGUAGUACUAGAAUGGGUGGCUCUUGCUUGGUUGCUUU